AUGAUCGACCCCCUCUCUCCCCUCACCGCCCCUCCUCCUCGCUACCUCCUCGAAUCCGACAGCUCGGACGAAGAGGGCCAGGGCGUGUACGGCGGCCACCACGCUUCGCGCACCUCGCCCGCUCCCGGGCCGCGCGUCCAGGUUCUGCCACUGGGCGACGACCCGCUGCCGGCCGUGGACAGCGUGGUAGUUGGCGUCGGACAGGCAGGCAAGUACCUCCUCCGGCGGGCGGGUGCGCGCCAGGCCGUCCUCGAGGUCGAGCUCGAUGGCCACCGUCUCGGCGCGGCGUUUGUGGUUCCCGGCGGCCUGUUUAUUGGCCUGCACGAUGCGGACAAGGGCGACGCGGCGUUCUCUGUCGUGCAGGAGCUUACGACGCUGGUCAAGGCCAAGAACUGGACCGUGUUCUCGUCCUACGUUCCUUCCAUGUACAUUCCCGACGCUGCCGAGGGUCUCAUCUCGGGCGACUCGCCUGUGCGCGUCCUGGGCCGCGAGGCAGGCAAGCUGAUCAGGACGUAUGAUGCGCCAAACUACGUCACGGGCAUUGCUGGAGCGUUCCUCUCGGCGGCUGCUCACCCUGCCUUCCCUCUGCACGCGGCCUCGGUCGCGCUCUACCUCCUCCCCCUGCCCCUCUCGCAAUUCGCACCCACUGGCCUCACCGAGGCCCUCACCACCCUCCCCGCCGAGCUGGGACAGGCCUUUGCCCGCCACGCGCUGUGGACGGAUGCCGACGACGAGCCGUUCCAGGCGCCUGGGAUGGGCAAGCGCAAGAUCCCAGAGACUGCCACUCCGGCCGGCGGCGACCUCGGCGGCAUGUACAUGUGA